AUGGGGAGAAGCGCCGGCUGGCAGGAGCUCGCACUGGAGGAAGUCAGGAACGGCACUUGGAGCCGUGGCCGCGACAGGGCCAGGAGGAGCAUCGGCUCCUCCACAAGACUGAAAAAACGCACCCGGAAGGCCUUUGGCAUACGCAAGAAAGAGAAGGACACUGACUCCACCGGGUCGCCAGACAGGGAUGGAAUCGCGCGCGGGGGGACAGCGGCUGCCCCUGUGGCCCUGGCUUUGACCUGGGACGUUUUCUCUUCCCGUGUGCCGCAGAAGAAAAGCAACGGCGCCCCGAACGGCUUCUACGCCGAGAUCGACUGGGACCGAUACAACUCGCCCGAGCUGGACGAGGAGGGCUACAGCAUCCGGCCGGAGGAACCGGGCUCCACCAAGGGAAAGCACUUCUACUCGUCCAGCGAGUCCGAGGAGGAGGAGGAGGCCCACAAGAAGUUCAACAUCAAGAUCAAGCCCUUGCAGGCCAAGGACGUCCUCAAGAGCGCAGCCACCGUGGAUGAGCUGAAGGCGUCGAUCGGCAACAUCGCGCUCUCGCCGUCGCCCGUGAGGAAGAGCCCGCGGCGCAGCCCGGGCACCAUCAAAAGGAACCUCUCCACUCCGCUGGAUCAGCCCGAGAUCUGGGGCUCGGCGCCGCCCGGGAGCUCCGGCACCGAGUCGCCCAAGCUGCCACGACCAUUCCCUACUGGAAGCAGCGACGUGGGGGCCGCUGAAGGGCCCGCCGAGCAGGCGCCCUCCAUCAAUGACCUGGACCGCAUUUUCGGCCCCGUGCUGUCGCCCAAGGCCGCGGUCCUCGGCAGCAUCCGAAGAUCCUCAUCUCCUCCCCACAGCCUCGCUCCCAACAGGCUGGGCCAAGACGCCUUUUCCAAGAGCUUGGCCAAUGCUGCCGCCUCCCACGCAACAGAGAAACACCCAGUGCUGCACAGGCCCAUGUGGAGCCUGGAGAAUGAGCAGCCCUCCCUCGUUUGGUUUGACAGAGGAAAGUUUUAUUUGACUUUCGAAGCCCCGCCCCCCGCCGUGCUCACCUUCCGCGUGCUCAACUACGACCGGCUGGAGCACGUGCUGCCCAACCCGCAGCUCCUGUGCUGCGACGCCGCGCCGGCCGCCGCCGGCACCAAGGAGUUCUGGGUGAACAUGCCCAACCUCAUGGCCCACCUCAAGAAGGUAUCGGAGCAGAAGCCCCAGGCCACCUACUACAACGUGGACAUGCUCAAGUACCAGGUGUCUGCCCAGGGUAUUCAGUCUACUCCAUUAAACCUUGCAGUGAGCUGGCGCUGUGACCCCGCAAGCACCGACCUCCGCAUUGACUACAAAUACAAUACAGAGGCAAUGACUACGCCCGUAGCUCUCAACAACGUGCAGUUCCUCGUGCCCGUCGACGGAGGGGUCACCAAGCUCCAAGCUGUGCUCCCGCCCGCUGUUUGGAACGCCGAGCAGCAGCGGAUCCUCUGGAAGAUCCCCGACAUCUCCCAGAAUAUUUACUUCUAG